AUGUCAAUUACCCGUUUCGCCCUCGCGGUGGGUUUCCUGCUCGGCCAUGUCUCCGCGAAACCAUCAGGUGUUAGCUCUUUGGCGGCCAGCAGCCAGGCUCAUACACCCAUAGUGAGCUGUCGGACAAAGCUGGCGAUGACCUCUGUGGCAUUAGUGCCAACAACAACCAUCACUCGCCAGGUUCAUGACCCGACUCCAUUGGUGAUCUUGUCUACAACCCGCGACACCGUCACGGUUACUCCAGUGGUGACCGUGACCGGAAUCGACUACGAGACUUCCACAGUUACUUCCAUCGCAGACACCAUCACUGAUACCUUCUCAACCACUUCGACUGAGUUUGAUACGGCGACAGUGACGAUCACUCCUGAUCCAAGCACCACAACUGUCUUCGCAACUGUAUCGACUACCAGUACGUCGACCACGACUAUCAGCGCUUCGGCCGGCUUUACUCCUCUCGCUGGCACAAUGCCCACCCCGACGGCGGUUAAGCGAUCUUUACCUGAAGAGGAGGAUGAGUGCUCUCCUGGGUUGGAUGAUUAUAAGUACCCGGAAGAAGUGAUCUGUCACGAGAAGAUCAUCCUGAAGACGACAACAGUCUCAACCGUCACUGGAUCCCCUGUUACCUUGACCGCCACGGCAUCGACAACAACUGUGACGAUCACCACCACCAUCACCACUAGCUCGGUGAUUGUUCCGACGGAUGUAUCUACCACAUUGAGCUACAGCACCACUUCCACCAUUACUGAGACAUCUUCAGCUCUUGCGGAAACGAGCACCGUCACAGCCACGAGUACCGUGACUGGCGCACUUGCCAUUGCCACAACCCUCGGGGCGUGUGCAGCCAACAAUAUUGCCGGACUUCCUCUUUCUUCGGAUUUUGGCUCGUUUGCGGGCCAAUACAUCUUCGAGAUUGAGUUCACUCGCAUCGCUGGACAACGUCUUACUGUCGGUGACACUACUUCUGCGUACGACUGCUGUGUUAGCUGUCAGGAGGACUCCAAUUGUGCCAUGUCCUACUACAUAGGGAGUGGAGCAAGCACGCAUUACUGCUACCUGAUGGAAACAACGAUUUGCUCAUUUUCUUACAAUUAUGCCGUUGCGUAUGUUGGGAACAGCGUGACUACCAUGCAAAUGUCCAACGGAAACUGUGGACAUGGCAAUGGUAUGCAAGGGUAA